AUGUCUUUUGGGGCUGGUCCAAUAUCUCUUCCCGGUCGACGUAUCAUUCGUGAGGCUUUUGAAGAGCUUCAGCGGACAGUGUCACCGCCAGAGGCAAAAGACUUCCAAAGCACAACGCUGGAAGACGUCCAAAAAGCGGCACUUGAUAUUGAGAACCAGCUAGCAGCCAGGAAAACGCUCAGGAAUAUGCGCCGCUUGAUGCCUUUAUUCCAAGGCCUGGAACAUUACUCACAGUCAAUUGAAGUGUUGUGCAAUGGCACGCCAUAUCUGCCUUGGAUUUGGGCUCCCAUAAAAUUAAUUCUCACGAUUGCGUCAGACUUUGUUGAAGCUUUUGAGAGAAUUAUCGCUGCGUAUUCACAGAUUGCAGAAUCUUUACCCAGAAUGGAAAUUCUUAGUGAAGCAUUCAGUAAAAGAGUUGAAUUUCAAGAGACUUUAGCCAUUUUCUAUUCAGACAUAUUGACUUUCCACCGCCACGCGUAUCUCUUUGUUCGAAGGAGUAGCUGGAAGAUCUUUUUUCUCACAUCUUGGGGCCGUUUCCAGCGGAGAUUCGACACAAUUCUCGCCGAUAUAAAAGCUCAUGAAGAAUUAAUUGACAAGACAGCUAACGCUGUCAAUAUCUUGGAAGCCUCCAAAAUGAGAGAAAGCCUACGUGAUCAGAGAAAUGAAAAUCUUAAUGACGUUGCGAAACAAGAAGAUGAGGACUCAAUUAAACAAUACCAGGCCAUCGUUGGAUGGUUGAAAAUGGAUGAUACAGACCAACAAAUCAUCUUUGACUCAAUCGCGUCAGAAGCAGAAAAGAACGAAGGGACUUGCGAUUGGAUAUUGAAGCAGCCGACUCUCGUGUCGUGGAUGAGAACUCAGUCGGAAACCCCAUUUGUGUGGCUUCAGGGUAACCCAGGAGCGGGUAAAAGCGUAUUGGCAACGCAAAUUGAUACUUUUCUUCGAACCAGCCAUCAAUCUCUCGUUGUUCGUCAUUUUUGCACCUAUUCAUACGAAUUAUCUACACAAUUUGACCAAAUUCUCCGAUCUCUGCUUCUUCAACUGAUUCGGUCGAAUAAUGACCUAAUAAGCUAUCUCUAUGAAGAACUCGUCUUGGCCAAACAAGUUGUUACAAUCAAGUCGCUCUCUCAACUGGUUCGGACCAUUUGCGAAGCUAUCUCACCUAUACCUUCAAAGAAGAAAUAUGUCCAUAUUAUUCUAGAUGGGUUAGAUGAAUGCGAUACUGAGAAACAAGGGAGAAUAACGAAUUUACUGGAGACGCUCAUAUCUUUUGGAAGCCCAACGAACUCUGGGAUUAUCAAAAUCCUAAUCUCUAGUCGGCCAACACCAUUGUUAUUGAGAAAGUAUCGAAAGCGACCCAGCGUUUCACUAACGGAAGAAAAAAGUAGAAUUGAUGAGGCCAUAAAGAAUUAUGCUAACCAGAAGUUAAGCCUCCUCUCUAAUCGAUUUUUAGAACUUGGCAUUAGUUACGAACGGAUUUUAUCACAGACAAUUGCCAGGCUAGACACGAGAUCAUUGGGACGAACAAAAUCUCUCUUGGGAUGGAUAGCAUUCGCCAGGCGCCCAUUAACACAGACUGAAUGUCGCUCAGCUAUAGCAUUUAGCGAAGGAGUUAUAGAGACUUCGAUAAUGCCACCCCAGUACAUUUUUGAAAUGUGCAUGCCGCUUAUUCAGGAGAAUAAGGAUAGUACUUUCUCAUUCAUUCAUGUCUCUGUCAAAGAGCAUCUUAAAUCGCCCGAGAGUACGAUUGCUUUGAUCGAGGCUGAUGCGAUAUGCGAACAUGGAGUGGCGUCCAUCACUUGCCUACUUGCCGGUUUUCGGAUUUUUGAUACAACAUACGACGCAAGCGACCGAAAUCUGAGAAUCUUAAGAGGUCUUCAUGGUUUUCACAUUUAUGCAACAGAGUACUGGCUUGAAGAUCUACUAUGUAGUAAUGCUGUUGCUGGUGGCAGCAAGACUGCGACUCUUUUGUGCUCAACAGCUAAAGCACUGGCUGACCGCCUAAAUUCAACGAGUCACUCAGCGGGAAUUUCAGUACAGCAAGAGUUAGGUACAUUGGAUGAUCGAUUGAACAUAUUUGCAAAUCAGAAAGCCGUAUAUGACAUGCUACGAUCCGCUCUGAGAGAGAGAUUCGCGAAAGCUAAUUCUGACCAAGCCAAGCACGAGAGUUUUUCUGCUGGUCCUACGCGGCUCGCACCCCGCAAUCUCAAGGACUUGCUAGCAAGCUACCAAGCCAGCAUCAGGUCUCUGCUACUGGUCUCCUCUUUCCCAGGAAUUACGGCCGAGGAGUUGGAGAAAUUUAAACGAGAUUUUCGAACGGCCGCAUUCACUUGUAGUUUUCAAAACUGCCCCUGUGCAAGUAUAGGCUUCACUGAUGAAAAGAAAUUAUCGGAGCACGAACGAAGACACGUGCAACGAAUCAUUUCUUCCUCUCGCGCUCUAAGGGCACACAUGUCAAAAUGCCAUGGUACAGCACAGCGCAUUGCUGAAAUUACUAGAAUAAGCACCCAGAUAAGCGGGGUGACAGAGCAUUUUCAAAGUUCCGACAACACAGACGCGGCAGUACAGAGGCUACGCCACGGGUUUGUCGAAACGGCGCAACAGCAGCAGCAUCAACAACAAGCCUGGGGGUCAAACAGUGCAUUGCAAGAUUAUGAAAGGCAGAAAGUUUUGUUAGAACAACAAAAGGAAAAACGUCGUCUGGCCUUGCUCUAGAGUAUGGAGAAUAGCUCUGUUGACUUGAACGGCCGACGUAAACUUGUUUGACGAAGGGAACUACCUCCCGUUUCAGCCUUUUUCCACCACAUGAAUAAUAACUCUGUUGCUAUGACGACCGAGGGUGACAACGUUGGCGGCUUGGAUCUCCUAGAGUAUAUGACCAUGGAUCCCGUGCAUUUUCCUCGCUUAGAUAGUACGGAGAACAGCGGAGCAGCGAGUUGAAUGAGGGCGGUGACUUACAUACCAUGAGCGACGAAUGUGAUUGUCUUUUUGAGUCAUAGAUUUUA